CUCUAAAAGUCUGAGGCUACGUCCUGAACAGCGUACUACCUUACUACAUAGUACGUCUAGACAUUAGGUAUAGCGAUAGGUACCGUACUGCUUCGACAUGUAGUAGGCUAGUAUGCUCUUCAGGACGCAGCCUCGGUUUGGACGCACGCCACGCCGAUACAGAAGCCAGUCUAGCUCGUGUAGACGUCCGCAGGCUGCGUUUUAGCGCGUUAAACAUGUAACGGAAGUUUUAAAUUUUUUCUUUUUGUUUUUAUACUUAUCAUAUUUACGUGUCGUUGGUUUCUUCGACUAGAAAUGGCCGGUUUGAAAAGGCAGCGGUCGUGGCAUGAAGACUUCCCGAGGAACUUUUUGAGACUGUUCUCGAGAAAUAAAUCGUUAGAGCAGGACAAACCAGAGGCGGAGUGUGCAAACCGGGAGGAGCUUGAGGAUGACAGCACUACCAGCCAGUCCAAUGAGGCAGACUCGCCGCUCACAUCUGAGCAUCACCUGAAUACGUCAUCACUAGCACAGGCACUGGAGCACUCGGAGCAGGACAGGGCACUGGAGGGAGACGGUGUGUAUGAUCACGAGGGCAGUGUUCAGGGGGAUGCGGAGAGCGACCCUCCUACCAUCACCCCCCCUGUCUCUGAGCCCUGCUCUCCUCUGCCCCCUGUAGACGGCUUCUUCAGGCGCUUGGGCAGCCUGUUUCUUUUCAAUCGAGCUCAGGCUGGCGAGGAGGACACACAGCAUACUGUAAAGAAAGAUGCAGAGACAAGUGUGGAAACAGAAGAGCACACACAGCCACUGAAGCCUCAGGAGGUGUCUCACCGUACUGCAGGUCCAGAGGUUAAAGCCACAAUUCAACCUGAGCAAGACGUACAAGAUACACAGGUGCAGGAUGAGGCUUUGGCUGAUGAGGAUGGAAAUACAUUAAUAGAGAACUCAUCUGCUACUGUGGAAGAAGAGAACGAGGAGAAAGAAGAAGAGCAGGAGCGGCGCCGUGCCCUGGCAUGCCCCCCAGUGGUAACACAUGUGACGUACCGUGGCCUUAGGAAGAUCAGGAAGAUGAAGAGGAACAAGGAAGUGCGACUCCACUCCCCAAUCUCGGAGGGAGAGGAGGGGCAUUGCGAAGUUGAUGUGGGUCUGUUUGCCUCAGAAGAAGAAGAAACAGAGCAGAUUGAGGCUAACACAGGGAGUCAUUUUGUAGCUCCCCCCCCAGAGAUCCGUUCAGGACAGCCUAACCCGGAAACAUUCUUAUCUUCAAAUAGUGUUAGUUCUGAUUAUCAAAGCUAUGCUUCAGUGGGCUCUUCCAGUGGAAACACCAACACUUGUAGUAAAGCAGAGUCAGAAGGAACACACAGUGCUUUGAGCUCAAGUGCCUUACAGACACACACCAAGUCCAAAAUAAAUUCUUUAGACUUUGAUCCAAUGGUAACUGGUAAGAUGUUGUGUGCUAAUGAAAAUAGUGCCAGUAGGUCUACUAUUUUAGAGGCAGUUAUUGUUGGUGAUGCUCAUAGCCAUACAUUGGAGCCAUCUGUGUCUGAAUCUGUAGCUCUGACAAUGGAAUCAGACCUUGAGACUUGUCUACAUUCACAGUCUCUCUGUACUGAUGAUCUGAUGUGUCAGCUUUUAGCUGAGACCCCAGAUACUCCCCAAAUGCAGCCGUCCAAAACUGAUACUGCCACAAACUUAAACACACAUUCUGCUAAAAUUAACACUGCCUCCAACUUGCACACAAACUUCAUUGGUUUGAAAAUUGCUCCCGAUUCCUGCCAGGAUAGCCAGCUGUCUAGUUCUGGCCUAGAUGGAUGGGACCAUAAGGAAACCCAAGCCCCUGGGUUAUCAGCUAUAGCAGAAAUUUCAGGACAUGCUGCCUGGCAGGCAGAGUUCAUCCUGGAAGAUGAAGAUGCACAGCAGCUGGGUGUAGAUGGAGAGACACUACAGCUGGAAUCCAAAAAGAUAGUAGAUAGCAUUCUCACAAAUGCUCUGGCUGCCCUGGAGAGGAUUGACAUUUCUGAGCGAGAAAGCGAGACUCUAUCAAGCGAUGAGUUUAUUGAGGGUAUGGAAAAUCUCAUCUAUAUGGGAGCAAAGGAGAGCACGGAUGGGGCAGCCAGCCUGGGACAGGCAUUGAGAGAACAUUUACCUGUUCAGGGUGAUGGGAAUCCCCAGUCAGCCUCCUCAGAUGGGACUUUGGGCAGCAGGAUACAGGCAGAUGGGAGUCGGUCCACCCCCUCCUCAGGCUACGAGUCCAUUGCUGGCUCAGACACAGACAUCCGGAACAGUGUGGCUACUAGUGCUGAUAUUACCUCCUCCAGUGGACUGUUCAGCAUGCAGGAACUCAGAGAGGAAGCAGUGAGCGGAUGUUACCCAGUUGAGCUGGAGCUGUGUAUGGAGACGAAUUCUGCCUCUCAAAAUAAUAGACAGGACUUUCUGCAUCACAAUAGUUUGCUACUUGGAGUAAAUCUUGAAGAGAAGGAAGGACCUGACAGAACUGAGACAAACAAUGAACAAUUACCCCAGUAUGUUCCUAGUGAAAGCAAUAUAACAUCUUUACAGCCAGCCACAUCUGAAACUUUAUGUGAGGAUAUCAAAGGGAAGGCACAGUGUGUUUUGGGCGAGUAUGUUUGUUUUUCACAGAAAAAGAAUGAUACAGGGCUUCAGUAUUCAGCCAAAGACAAUCCAGAAAGCAAUAAUCAUGGUCAUGCAUUGCACUUGAACUCAGGUGAUGUAUCUACAAUCAUUAAUGCUAUGGAAUCAAGCCAGGUAGAGGGCAUUAGAAAAAGCUUAUCUCAAGUUGGAGUAAGUAACCCAGAUUCAGAACAGCUUGCUGACAAUAAUGUAGUUCCAGUACAAGAUUCCUCUGAAAAUGAGGACACGCCAAAUCUGUCAUUGGUCCAAAGCCAUGCAUUUGAAAUCAUAGAACCUCAUCUGGUCAGUUGUGAGAGUUUGAAAAAACCCAUAUUGGUUUCUCAGGAUAUAAAAAGCGGAGAUACACAAGGGUCAUCGAACUGUGAAGGCACAAGGGAGCCAAGCUUAGUCCCAGAUGUGGCAUCUUCAGCAUAUAAGGUUGAGCAUGGACCAGACGGUGAGAUCCAGGAGGAGGGAAAGGUCUCUGCUGGUCCACAACCUGACUGGUUGCUCAGUUCAGACACAUCAGCUGAUUCCGGUGAUGACUCUGAGUGUUUCCGAGCACUUAAAGUCAUAGUUCAUGCUGACCAGAGUCAGGAAGAUGAUGCACUAAAGUCAGAUUUCUCAGCAGGACUGAGCCUGGACAGAGCAGCUGGCAGGCUCGCAGCCUUUCCUGUCUCAGCUAGACCUCAUCUGGACCUCCCUGGCACCUUUGCCAUCAUCAGUGAGGAGGAGGAGACUGACACAGUGUUUGUGAAUGACACAGGGCCUUUGCUGAGUCCGAGCACACGCCGGGUCAAGAUAUACCCCUUUUCCCUUUCCCCUAUAUAUGAGGAAGACAGUGGAAGAGAGGACACUUCACGGGAUGAUGUGCUGCAUGUGCCCCCAGCCACUGAGGAGGAGCAGCGGAGUGAGGAACAGCAAGCCUCCUCCAUCCUUUCGCUCCUGCAGUCUGUCAGUGAGAGGCUGCAAUCCUCUACCUUUAGCAGCUCUGAGACAGAGCAGGAUAUGGAAGAUAGGCCAGAUGAACCAGAGUACCCACAGCGUUUUCUCAGGCCCCUUUGGGAUCGCUAUGAUGAUAAUGAUGAUGAUGCCGCAAUUGAUGGAGAGUCAAGCUUGCUGCUACACCAACAGCUCACGGGGACAACUUUCCUCAGUACAGAACCUCCAAAGGAUGAAGGCUCUCCUCCCAGCCUUAGUCCACAACAGAAAAUCAGUGAAACACAGGAUGGAGAUUUGGGGGGAAAGCACUGUGAAACCACUCUGAGCAGUGCUGUAAGGACUGCCAAUACUCCAUUCUAUCAGUAUUUGAAAUCUGAUGUAGUGCCAUCACGUGCCACAGAGACUCUAGAGAGUAAAUCUUUUCCUAAUGGGAAAAAUUCAACCUCUACUACCGUGGUAGAAAUGGGAGGGUUUGGGAAAGUCAGUCCACGACCUACUUUGCUGCACAUCUACGAGGGUCUGGCACCAUGUGGGAAAAGGAUUGAAAUCUGUGGGGACGUGGAGGAUGUGGGGGGAAUUUUGUUUCCACAAGAAGCCACAGUCCAGGCCCAGAGAGGGUGCUGGCUACUGUAUGUGGAACGGAGAUACCAUGGGUCUUGCAUCCUGCUUGAAGAGGGACAGAUUAUACAGACCAGUGGAGAGACUAGAGAGAGAGAUGGACCCUCUGCUCCUGCCACAUUGUCUGUUGGCUCCAUCAGGAGAGCAAUAAAGGAUGAUGCUGUUCCAGAGAUUCAUCUCCAUAUAUCGAGUACUAAGAAGAAAGAACUGGUUUGUUUCUACUCUGAAGCUGACGACAUAGGCGCAGAUGUCCCUGUCCACCUCUCUGACCUCAGUGUGCGCUCCGGAUGCUGGGUGGCCUAUGAUGGUGCUGGAUUCACAGGAAAUCACACAGUUCUGGAAGCUGGAGGCCUGACCACACCCAUUCUACAGAAUGCUCCCAUCUCCUGUGUGCGGUCACUUCGUCCACUGAGAAUGAGAGGUCUGAGAGUACGAAGACCUCUGGAUCCAAAGAUGGUGAUGUAUGAGAAGCCACUCUUUCAGGGUCAGUGCAAGGAGCUACUGGAGAACACACCUAGCCUAGAAACUGCUGAGGGAAUAGUACACGUCUCCUCGCUACGAGUCACUGGAGGAGUGUGGGUGGGCUACUCCUCUGAAAACUACAGAGGGCAGCAAUGUCUGUUAGAGGAGGGCGAGUACAGCGACUGUACCACACUCUUCAGUGGACCAGGAAAUGUUCUAAGAUCCUGCCGCUUCCUUCAGGCUGAUUUUAUUGAGCCUGCGGUGUCCCUUAAUAAUUGUGGAGAGCAGAUUGAGCUUGUGGACCAGGACGUGGCAGACCUGCAGCAGACUGGACUAGUGAAUGAAGCAAACACCAUCCAUGUUAGAAGUGGAGUGUGGGUAGCCUACAGCGGGAGAUAUUUCACAGGAGAACAGUGUGUACUCGAGAAGGGCCGAUACUCUGGAUCACUAGACUGGGGUGGCAGGCAGAGUUCACCUCUCUCCAUCCGGCCUGUACAGAGGGAGCUUUGUGGUGAAAGAGAUUCAAAGUUCAUGCUGUCUGCCUACAGCAAACCAUGCUUUGCGGGAGAGGGCAGACAAUUUGAAAGUGAAAUGGCAGACUGUGGCAUGUUAAAUCCCAUGUCAUUCCGAAUAAUUCAGGGCAGGUGGUUGCUGUAUGAUGAGAGGGGUUUCUGUGGUAACCAGUUUGUCCUUGAAGAGGGCCUUUAUCCAGACCUCACGUCCUUUGGCUGCAUGGCAACAGCCAUUAAAUCCUUCAAACCCAUUCAAUAUAGCUUCUCGGAGCCCUCCAUCAGUCUUUUUUCACUGAGCUCGUUUGAGGGGUUGGAGACUGUGACAGAUUUACCCAUGGAGACCAUGAACAACUUCUUUACUCAGUCUGUUAGAGUCAACAGUGGCCUGUGGGUGGCGUACGAAUUCAGCCAGUUUAAGGGACGUCAGAUGCUGCUGCAGACGGGCGAGUAUCCAUGUUGGAGUGAUUACAGUGGCUGGGAAACCAUUGGCUCCCUCCACCCACUUAGACAGCGAAGGAUGUAUUUGCAGGUGCAGAAUCGAGCUCUGGGGAUGGCACUGACUGUAGAGAGAACCGGGGAACGCCCAUGUCCAGCCAGACUCUCACUGCGUCCUGCUGAACACUCACUACACACACAGCACUGGGUGUACACACAGUCUCAGCUCAAGAGCAAGGUGGGAAAGGGCUGCAUGUCUGUGAUUGGUGGGAAGGCCUGUGUGGGCGCCAGAGUGGCUUUAUGGGAAGAGCAUGGGCGACUGAAUCAAAGGUGGAGUUUAAAUGAAAACGGGACGAUCUCUUCUCAUUUAAACCACAGCCUAGUACUGGACCAGAGAGGUGGGAGUGGAAUAGACAAGGACCAUCUGAUCCUGAACGAGUUUUGUCCUGAUAGAGCCACACAAUUCUGGGACAUAGAGGUGCUUUAGUGCUGAGGCCAAGAAUCAGUCUCCCUGAAACAUGCUGGACAGUUUCAAACUAAACAGCACUGUCUCCACCCAGCUAAAGAGGAACAGGCGCAAAGAAGGUUGAAAGCACUGUUCCUUAACACCUAGCCCUAAGGAGCCUCAGCAGUUCUCAUUACUUUCUGCAUCUUGAUCCUAACACACCAACUUGUUCAACCCAUUAGGUGAUGUUUAGGCAGUUUAUGAGUGAAAUCAGGUGUUAGAGCUUUGGCAUCUGAAACCAGACAUUUGAUUCAGUUCUACACUUGGUGGUAUUCAGCAGUAUCAAUCAAAAGCUGGAGGUUCUCUUUAGUGUUAAAGCUUGGAACAAACAGCCAUAACUGAACGAGGAGGAGAGCCUGUUUAGAAAGGUGUUCUAAUUUUUAAGACCAACAACCAAAACCACUACACAAGUCUAUGACUAUUCAAGGGCAGAAUACCCAAGGAGAAAGGAGCUGUUCGCAGUUCCCGUUUGAGGCAAUAUAAAGAGUAUGAAUUAUAUGCUUGCUUUUUUUUUUUUUGUUCUCCAAAGCACAUUUGCACUACCAAGAUCCUCACUUGAACAGGAGUAGCCCUCUCAUAGGUUUUGUGCGUUCCCCUUUCUUACGCACUGCUACUGGAUAUAACAAAUGAUGUCCACUUUCAGCCUCAAAUGAUGUCAACACUCCUUUUACUCAGACAAACACAGGCCAAAAGCAAGUGCUUACUUCUGUUAGUCAGGCUAUGUACAGAGAAUUAUUUAAAGCUGGUCAAAUCACUGGAUUUAUCACUGAACACUGAGUGUAUGAUAUUCAGGAAAAGAUGUAUGUAUUGAAUGCCAUGUGCAAAGGAAAUAAUGUGUACAGUUAAUAAGCUCAGUUUUUAAAGGUUAUUAAUAUUAAAGAUAUUACAUUCUGG